CCUUUGUUGUCCUGUAGAUGGCGACAGCACACCUCUUUUGGCGGAAACAGGAAGUGCGGAGGUGGUAAUGUGGUUGAGUUCAGCGGUGGCAGCGAUUCUAGUCAUCUGUCUCGCCAUUUAUUACGAGCAGGAGAAAACAGAGGAUAACAGUAUGUCCUCCACUGUUCGCCGUCACGUCAUUUGGGAGUCGCAGGGGCUGGUGGCCUACCUUCACCCUCGACCGUGGACCCCCGGAUCCGCAUCCUCCCUCUUCAUGGUCUGGAUGCAGAGUGGCGCCCCCACCUCGCUGGAGAAGAGGAACACAACGCCCACGACCCCGGUUACUGCACCUCCAAGACUGCCGCUCGGUGGAGCGACUCCAGCCUCACAGACAUCCAGACCAGGAUCCGAUCCAAACUCCCGUUCCAAGACGCUCAACCUAAUCUGACUUUCCUCGGGGACGAUCCCGCUCACCCUGGGCUUUUCUCGCGUAUUGUCCGUGGGGAGGAGCAGCACUGGAGGGUUUGGGAGGAUAAAGAUCACGUGGCUUUUCUCACCCCUUUCCCUAACUCCCCAGGCUUCACUGUGCUCGUCCCACGCCGACCUCUGACCUCUGACAUAUUCAAACUGGAGAAAAGCGAUUAUGAAGGCUUGGUGCUGGCUGCCAAGAAGGUGGCCGGCCUCCUGGAGAAGGGGUUGGGUGCCUUGGGGGUGGGGCUGAUUUUUGAGGGUUUUGAGAUCGAUUAUGCUCAUGCCAAGUUGAUUCCACUUUUACCCUGUCUAUCAGAGACAGCAGCAAACCCCACUAAAGGUCAGCCUCCCCAGUUUCACCCCACUUAUCCUGGAUAUGUGACCUCAGAGGACGGACCUGAGGUCAGCUCAGAAACGUUAGGCGAGGUGCACUCUAGAAUUAUUGAUGCUUAAUUCUGUUACCAAUAAAUGUAUUCUGAAUUAAGGAA